AUGGCUUAUAUCCUUGCAGUUAGAAAUUAUGCUGCUUUCUUGGGUACUUUUAUUCACUUACUGAGUGUAUAUUUUAACCAAUUAUUUUGUUGUACAAGCGAUGCAAUGCUCAUCAAGUCUCAUAGAGCUUCUGGUUUUGACCGGAUCAAAAUAAAUAAAAAUAUUUCAAGCAAGCACUCUAAGAAUUGGCAAUUAUUCCAAAGUCAGCUUCUUCAGAAUAUGCAGUCCAAAAAUCUCUGGUUCAAGGCUCUCUUGAAUAAAGCAAAUAUCAAAUCUCGUGACCUUCGCCUAGAGGUCUAUGCAAUGGAGAUAAACGAACAUGGGCGUGCGCGUUAA